GGACGUCAGAUUUUUCUCCAAGAAAGUCAAAAAGCUUGCAACGAAAAGAGAAAAUGAAGUCGGCGACGGCGAACAUUGCGUUUCCGGCUAUGGCGGUGACUUUGAUGUUCUUGUGGGGAGGCUGUUUGACGGCGAAUGUGAGCUACGACCACCGCUCUCUCAUCAUCGAUGGUCGCCGGGAACUCAUCAUCUCCGCCGCCAUUCAUUACCCGCGUAGUGUUCCCGCCAUGUGGCCAUCACUGGUUCGAACAGCCAAAGAAGGAGGAUGCAAUGCAAUAGAGUCUUACGUGUUUUGGAAUGGCCAUGAGCCUUCUCCAGGAGAGUAUUAUUUUGGCGGCCGGUAUGAUCUGGUGAAGUUCAUCAAGAUCGUGCAGCAGGCUGGAAUGUACAUGAUUCUGAGAAUCGGCCCUGUUGUUGCAGCCGAAUGGAAUUUCGGAGGAGUUCCGGUUUGGUUGCAUUAUGUGCCAGGAAUAGUCUUCAGGACCGAUAACGGGCCAUGGAAGCACUACAUGCAAAAUUUCACGACGUACAUAGUGAAUCUGAUGAAGAAAGAGAAGCUUUUCGCACCACUAGGAGGCCCUAUAAUCUUGUCUCAGGUUGAGAACGAAUACGGGUACUAUGAAGGUGCGUAUGGAGAAGGAGGGAAACGGUAUGCUCAAUGGGCUGCCAAUAUGGCGAUUUCACAGAACAUAGGUGUUCCAUGGAUGAUGUGCCAACAAUGGGAUGCUCCCCCGGCCAUUAUUAGUACCUGCAAUUCCUUUUACUGUGACCAAUUCACACCGAAUACACCGGAUAAGCCCAAGAUCUGGACCGAAAACUGGCCGGGAUGGUUCAAAACUUUCGGGGCCAGAGACCCUCACAGACCAGCCGAAGACGUGGCUUUCUCCGUUGCUCGUUUUUUCCAGAAAGGUGGCAGUGUUCAUAACUAUUACAUGUACCAUGGAGGAACAAAUUUCGGCCGUACUGCAGGUGGACCGUUUAUCACAACAAGCUAUGACUAUGAAGCUCCAAUCGAUGAAUACGGAUUGCCGAGAUUUCCAAAAUGGGGACACCUUAAAGAGCUCCACAGAGCUAUAAAGCUCUCUGAACAUAUGCUUCUCACUGGUGAACAUAGUAAUGUUUCAUUAGGUCCUUCCCUCGAGGCUGAUGUCUACACUGACUCUUCAGGAGCUUGUGCUGCAUUUCUCUCAAACACUGGCAAUAAAACCGACAUGACUGUAGUGUUCCGAAAUGCUUCAUACCACCUACCCGCAUGGUCGGUCAGCGUUCUGCCCGACUGCAAGAACGUGGUUUUCAAUACCGCAAAGGUAACUUCACAGACCUCCAAGGUUGAAAUGCUACCCGAAGAUUUGAAGCAGAAUGGGAAGAAAGAUCUGGAAUGGCAAGUGUUCACAGAGAAACCAGGGUUAUGGGGAGAGGCCGAUUUCGUAAAAAACGAACUUGUCGAUCAUAUAAACGCCACAAAGGACACAACAGACUAUCUGUGGUACACUACAAGCAUUACAGUGAGUGAAACUGGAAGAAGCCCGGUUCUCUUUAUCGAGUCAAAGGGGCAUACUCUCCAUGCUUUCAUGAACAAGGAGUUCAUAGGUACCGGGACAGGGAACGGGACACAUCCAACUUUCAAAUUCAAGAAAUCGAUUACUCUCAAACGAGGCAGAAACGAUAUAGAUCUGCUUAGUAUGACUGUCGGUCUUCAGAAUGCGGGUUCCUUUUACGAAUGGGUUGGAGCCGGGCUUACCAGUGUCAGAAUCGAAGGUCUUAACAACAGCACGUUGAAUUUGUCAGAAAGCAGUUGGUCCUACAAGCUCGGCGUUCAAGGGGAACACUUGGGUCUGUCCAAGCCUGGUAACUCCGGGGCUGUGAACUGGACUCUGACCACAAAACCUCCAAAGAAACAACCUUUGACAUGGUACAAGGUUCUCAUAGAUCAGCCUUCUGGGAAUGAACCGGUUGGUCUGGACAUGCUCGGAAUGGGGAAAGGCAUGGCUUGGCUAAACGGAGAAGAGAUAGGAAGAUACUGGCCAAGAAAAGCUAGAAAGAACUACCCGAACGACGAAUGCGUAAAAGAAUGCGAUUACAGAGGCAAGUUCAUGCCUGACAAAUGCCUCACCGGAUGUGGAGAGCCAUCUCAGAGAUGGUAUCAUGUUCCACGGUCAUGGUUCAAGCCCUCUGGAAACGAGCUGGUGAUCUUUGAGGAGAGAGGGGGUGAUCCCACCAAGAUAAAGCUCUCAAGAAGGAAAGUAACCGCAGAAACCAGUUAAAAUGACUGCAGAGAGAGAGAGAGAGAUGGUUUUAAGAUGUUCCUUCAAGUCUAUGCAAAACAUCUUCAAAGCUGAGAUGCGUAGAGGGUUUUUUGUUUUUGUUUUCUCUCGGGCAAUAUUUUAAUUUAGUUCUUCAGUUGUUACAGCUUCUAGGGGUGGGCACGCAUAAUAACCGAGAAAAUUGAGAGAUUUGGAUUUGGAUCCGGGAGGUUCGGUUAUUUAGCUAUAAGAUUUAUAUCCGGUAUUUGGUAUUUA